AUGGGCACCCUCCCAGGACAUGUAAUGAUAGGGAUAUUCUUCCUCACCUACUCACUCUACAGAUCGGUGCUGCUAUCCUUGGCUCUGCUACGGGGAGAGAAGCUCCUCAGAUUCCCUCAGCCUCCAAGAGAGAAGCAAGAUCAGAAAUGGUGGCAGGUAGUGCCUCUGGAAGGGCUGAUGAAGGUGGUCUGCACUGUAAUUCCCACAUUGGCUGAGUUCUACUAUCCUCUGGGGGUAAAUCGGCUGAAGAUGAUAGACUGGGAAGACCCUCAGCGCUCAUUCAUGUUCAAGGACUGCUGGCAACAUGUCACCAUGUACGCAUUCUUUAUGAUCAGUGGUGUGGUGGACAUUGUGAGUCGCUCAUGGCAGAUGACAAAACUGAAGCAGGCAGCUGAGGCCCUGAGCUUCUACACACUGAUGUUGCUGAUGGCAACCCAUUUGGAGAACAAGAGCACUCUAGAAAUCAGAGUGCACCUUCUGCUUAUGCUACCUGCCUUCCUGAUGGCACUGGUGCUCACCGUUGAGAUCUGGGUGCCUGAUCAGCCAUCACUCUGGGUGCUCAGGACAUGGCUCCAGCUGAUCUUCAGCAACUGGUUGCUGCAGAUCGCUGUGGUGAUAUAUGCACCUCCUACUGGACAUCCCUGGCAGUCAGACAACCCCGAGGACAUGGCCUUCCUUCCCAUCUUCUUCUGCUGGCACUUGGCCUUAGGUGCUGGCGUGCUGGCCAUCAUCUACGGCCUCUGCAGCCUCUGGUACCAUCACUCCUCCUCCUGCAGAGAAGUCUCUUGUUCCAGGUACCAGCCAUGCCCCACAGAUGCCAGCAGUAGUGAUGAGCUACAGAAGCUCAGGGCAGAAGCCAUGCUUUAG